AAUUUUUUUUUUCUUUUUAAAUAAGAACCGUUGGCAUCGUCGCCAAAGAUCCAAGCUUUACCCAACCUCUUCAAUUUCACCACAACGCCACGACUUACUUGUCAAUUUUAUUCGUAUUCGUCACUUCGGCAUCGGCAUUAAGUUGAUAUAUUACGCUCUUGAAUCAUGGCUGAUAAUGAAGAUCUUUUGGAUUACGAAGAUGAAGAGGCGACGGAACAAGUUGCCGUUGAAGGAACUGGUGAUGCCCCGGCAAAGAAAGAAGUUAAAGGCACAUAUGUAUCCAUUCACAGCUCUGGUUUUCGAGAUUUUUUGCUCAAGCCAGAAAUUUUGAGGGCUAUUGUUGACUGUGGUUUUGAACAUCCUUCUGAAGUUCAGCAUGAGUGUAUUCCACAAGCUGUUUUGGGGAUGGAUGUUUUGUGCCAAGCUAAAUCUGGUAUGGGUAAGACAGCUGUUUUCGUAUUGGCCACACUCCAGCAACUGGAAAUGGUUGAAAAUCAGGUUUCGGUUCUUGUUUUGUGCCAUACACGAGAGCUAGCUUUCCAGAUCUCGAAGGAAUAUGAACGUUUCUCUAAGUAUAUGACUACCAUCAAGGUUGGUGUAUUCUUUGGUGGUUUAAAUAUUGCCAAAGAUGAGCAAACUUUGAAAUCAAAUUGCCCCCAUAUUGUGGUGGGAACCCCUGGUCGCAUCCUGGCUUUGGUUCGUUCGAAGAAACUUAACCUCCGCACGCUGAAGCAUUUCGUUCUUGAUGAGUGUGACAAAAUGCUUGAAGCUCUAGACAUGCGUCGAGAUGUGCAGGAGAUUUUCCGCAAUACACCUCAUGAAAAGCAAGUUAUGAUGUUCAGCGCCACGCUGAGUAAGGAGAUCCGCCCUGUCUGCAAGAAAUUUAUGCAAGAUCCAAUGGAAGUAUACGUUGACGACGAGUCCAAACUCACUCUUCACGGUCUCCAGCAGCACUAUGUCAAACUUAAGGAUAACGAGAAGAACCGCAAACUAUUUGAGCUUCUCGACGUACUUGAAUUUAAUCAGGUUGUUAUAUUCGUCAAAUCCAUUCAGCGUUGCAUGGCUCUUUGUCAGUUGCUAGGCGAACAAAACUUCCCUGCGAUUGCCAUUCAUCGUAGCAUGACGCAAGAGGAGCGUCUGUCUCGUUACCAACAGUUCAAAGACUUCAAAAAGCGUAUCCUUGUGGCAACGGAUUUAUUUGGCCGUGGAAUGGACAUCGAACGUGUCAAUAUUGUCUUUAACUACGAUAUGCCUGAGAAUUCAGACUCGUACCUGCAUCGUGUAGCUCGCGCUGGUCGUUUCGGGACUAAGGGUUUGGGUAUCACAUUUGUUAGCGACGAAAACGACGCCAAAGUUUUGAAUGACGUUCAAGAACGCUUCGACGUUAGCAUCACGCCGUUGCCAGAUGAGAUUGAUUUAUCGUCCUACAUCGAGGGACGCUAGAUGAACCGGAUGGAGACUUGCGAGCAAGUUGUUUUUUCUUGUGACGAUUCCAAUGUUUUUAUUUGUCCUACCCCGAUUGGAAACUUUUUUUAGCCCGAAAUAAUACAAAUCAACGAUGAAAAUCGA